UUUCCCCCCGUCGCGCCGUCAACCGAUCAAUCCAAUUCUCACCGAAUCUGCAUCAAAUUCACCACCCUCCCGAAAAAUAAAAACAAAAUAAAUAAAAAUUUGGACCGACCGUUGAUGAUGGCCCUCUACUGUCCCCGCCCAGCCACCGGAGCUCUCCUCGGCGGCCGCUGCGGCGGCAGAGGCGGCAAUGGCGGCAUUGUGGUGGCAUCGACCGCACGCGCGACGCCUCCGCCGGCGAAGAUGGAGGAGGGGAGGCUGGACCGGCCGCGGUGGUCUGGAGAGACGCCACUGUCGCGGCUCGUUGGCGCUCUCAUCUCCUUCAAGCCCCUCUACUCAGUCAUGAAGCUCGCUUCCCGACAAGUUAUCAUCAGUACGGCUGAGAAGUCGAACAUCCCGUGGAGGGACAUGGCGAGAGAGAUCCUCGAAUCGGAUGUUCACAAAGAAUUCGAGCGAAUUCGAGACCCUUCUGUUGUGUACCCUGACUAUUAUUUAAAUCCGUUUCACGCGUACGAUGACGGAAACCUAUCUUGGCUGGCUGCUGCAGAAGCAGAAGCUGCAACUAUGUCUAUUGCAAAGCGAGCAAUACCGGAAGCUUCUACGGUGGAAGAAGCUAACAAAAUAGUUCGCGGAAAUUGGUUAACUGCAAUUGAACAGCAUCAUCUCAAGUACUCCGGGAACUGUGAGAUUAAUGACAUUCUCGAUGUCGGCUGCUCGGUAGGAGUGAGCACAAGAUUUCUUGCAGAAAGGUUUCCUUCAGCUAAAGCCACUGGACUAGAUCUGUCGCCUUAUUUCGUCGCUGUAGCAGAGUACAAGGAGAAGAAAAUAAAGAGGAAGAACCCCAUCAGAUGGGUCCAUGCAAAUGGAGAAGCUACUGGAUUGCCUUCAAAAUCAUUUGACCUUGUCACUCUUGCUUAUGUGUGCCAUGAAUGUCCUGCGCGGGCAAUUAUCGGAUUAGUAGAAGAAGCCUUUCGACUCCUUCGACCCGGAGGAACAAUUGCUUUGACUGAUAACUCACCAAAAUCCAAGGUGCUCCAGGAAUUGUCCCCUGUAUUGUUCACUUUGCUUAAGAGCACUGAACCGUUUCUCGAUGAGUACUACUUACUCGACUUGGAAGAAACAAUGAGAGAAGCCGGUUUUGUUAAUGUAAACACAAUCCUCACAGAUCCGCGACAUCGAACGGUGACAGCAACUGUGCCUUUGUAAGAUCAGUCCUCCAUUUUGCUUAUUUUCGUCAUGAAUAAAUUGCAGUUCCCAUUUGUAAUGUAAUGAAGAGAAGGACGCCUGUAACACGCUGGUGAAAGUGCAAAAUUUUGCACAUUUGUUAAUUUUUGCAGCAUGCAUCUGCCGAACAUUUGCUUAA